UAGAUAACACAUUUUGCAAGCUACACCGAAAUCGAAUUUUGACGUGAUGUCUUGUUACGCACUACGACUGUCAUCGUCGGCGUUGAUCUUUUUCCUUGUUGGGACCGACGCUUUCGGGUGGAAUUGGAUUUGGCCUUACACUAGAACCACAACGACCACCACGCAAGCUACAGCCUCUAGCUCCGGAAGCAGCAGUUCGAACUAUGCCAUUUCGCUCGGAAACCGGGAAAAUACAAACGCCGAAACAAUCGACUACGGGACACAAAUAAUGAACGUUACAAUUAAUCUUGCCCGGUUGAACGGAACGUCUAUCGGUAGUGGGACCGCUGUGCAGGAUGCUUUGAGCAGACUUAUCAACUCGGUUACAGAGGAAUAUCGUACCGAAUCGAAGGCGAUAGUCGCUAAGCGGCUGGCAUGGAUCAAGGAAACUGUCAGCCAAGCACAGGCUUAUGCAAAUCAAUUGAGUGAGAAGCAGAUCAAAGGUCUUCUGAAUUCAUUUGCUAAGGAUAUGCGUGCGAGUGUGCAGGAGUUGAACCAUACCGUCCGGGACUGCGUGGUGGAGGAAGUCGAUGUGGAAGAACUGAUCCAGUCGGUGGUCAAUCGCAGUCAGGAUGGCUGUAUUGAAAGCCGAAUGCAGCAGCUUUUUUUGCUUCGCGAUACAGUUAGAAGUAAUUUGACCAAAUUUCUACAGGCCACCGAAGAUGUCGAGGAUCUCCUAGGACCCUGCGUUGAUGUACAGGACUAUUUCGACGAUGAGAUGACUGAUCUAUACAAGGUGGCGUGCCUUUUCUCGGUUCUAAUUAAAACUCAAACUGAAACGUACAAAUUAGCAUUCACGAUCAAUCAACUGUCAAGCUAUGCGGAUCCUCUGUUAGGUGUUGCCAAAGCAAAUCUACUACAGUGUGCUGCAGACAUGGCUUCGUACGCUUUUGAGCUUUCACUGGGUCUCCGCCAAUGGAUCAACAUUUGCAGCAAUCGGGUGAAUUGAUCGUUGAUGACAGCCUCACAGCGUCUGAUGGAAAACUGUUCAAACAUCACUUGAUGUGUUCAAAUAUAUUUUCUAAAGCGUAAUUCGCAUGUUCAAAAAAGCUUCUAAUUGAUAGAAAAUGUAAACAAAUCGACCAUUUAUCCAAGCGACGAUGUCAUCUUAUCAUAACACUCCCAAAAACACAUUCACAAUUACGAUGUACACAUUUAAACGCUAUACUUCUUCAAGUGGCGUCCAGUAUACGAGUUGACAUCCUUUUAUGUUACAUAUUGCUGACAAACACA